AUGAUUGAAUCCGACGACUCUAGCACCCACCUCAACCAAUCCUCCUUCACCUUGCUCUGUCGCCACAGCUACCUCAUCUUGGGCUGUGCCUGCCUCCUCCUCAUCCUCAGCAUCGUCGUGCUUGUUCUCUACUUCACCCUCUUCAAGCCCCGCGACCCCAUCAUGAAGCUCAUCUCCACCUGCAUCGAAGGCGGCUCCCCUCGUGUCACUCUCCUCGUCAUUCGCAUCGAACUCAACAUCACCCUCGAGUUCGAGGUCUUUAUCCACAAACCCAACUAUGCCGCCUUGGACUAUGCCAAGGGCCACACCAUCCUCCUCUAUCGUGGCACCCUUAUUGGCGACACUGAUGUGGAGCCUGGCUGGAUGCCACUGUGGGGUGAUGGACACGUACAUGUCAAUUUCAAUGUUGAGGCCGAUCUACUCACGACGAAGCUCUUAAGCCUGAUUGCGGACAUGGCCGCCGGCGAGGUGGGGUUUGAUUUGUCGACGGAGAUCUCCGAUCGGGUCAUCUUCUUGAGCUUCAUCAAGCGCCACGCACCGACGGAGGAACAGUCAUGGUAG